AUGUUGCCUCGCUCGAAGCUCAGCCGCAAUGCUGCGACCACAAUUCAGCGUCGUCUUGCGAGCAAGAACACACGCAAGCAGUCGCAGUCAGAUUUCGGCCUCAUCCCUGAGCUACCCCAAGCGGCCCCGGUGCUCCCUCCGCCUGAAGAACAGUGCAAGAUCAUUGCACGAAGGAUAGGCAAGGCAGAGCGUGAGGAACGCAUGGACAUUACCAUGUCGCUGACUCCAGUCAAGACUUACAUGGGGGGCUUCACGCGGCCGCGUGAUAUUCGCAUAUCCAACUGGAUGCCCGGUGGACAGUAUGUGUUAAGGGAGAAGCUAUACGAGCCACCCCCGGCCUCUGCGUACGAACCACACACAGUCUUCUUGGUCGAGUCGCGCUACCCGGUCCGGCAUGGAAUCGGGCGUGCAGAUACCCUCGAGCAUUUCGUCGGUGUAUGCCGUGAGGGCGAUCUGCCAGCGGUCCUCGCGCGACUGAACAGCGACAAGGCCCCUAAGGACACACUUCAGUCGAUGGACAAUGCACGUUGGCCGUGGAUGCCUCAGAAGAAGAUUCGCCAGGUGAAGUGGGAGGAAGGCGAGAGUCGAGAGGAUCUGCUUGCGCGGCUGCUGGCGGAGGACGCAGAGGUGGCAACAAAACUUGUUGCUGAGGAGUCAGCAAGGCAGCCACCGCAACAACAGACGGCUGCCCCUAAUCCUCGCAAGAAGGCUACACGGUCGGAGCUCAUUGCUAAGGAGCUCAUGCAUUCUGCACCGGGCGGUGGUGGGAGUCGAGUGCACCACCGGAUGUUCCAUUUCUCGUUCCAUGCGUCUGCAGAGUCUGAUACCCCUCUGGGUGCCCCCGGUACUUUCAAGGCUCGGACGGCGAUCCCGACAUCUUCAUGGAGCCGUCCGCACAAACCGUCGCAAGACGCAGAUGAUAAUGUGGUACCAUCAUAUUACGUCGAGCGCAAGCGGCAGCGCGAUGCGGUCGAAGAGCGGAAGGAGGAGGAAGGAGGGUUGAUGGCGCAGCUCAGUGCUGGCAUUCUGAGCGAGGGCGUCGCGGCGCACACGAAGGCGCGCGAAGAGAAGAUUCCUGUUGAGGUGCGGGAUCCCCUUGACGGAACGGUCAGACAUCCUAGUGGGUUCGAGCCGCCAACGCCAGAGACGCAUUUCCAUCCUGCUGUAGCAAAAACGGCGACGGAGGAUCACCCGAUGAUGUCAACGGUGAAGCAGCAUUGGGACGCACUUCCGAUGAACGCCGACGCGCGAGAGGUUAUCGGACCCGACAAUGGCGUGGCUCAAGAAUUCAUUCGGAAGAAGAUCUCGGAGGUCGUUGAUCGCGCUGAAGCUAUCCCGUCACACACGCAGGAGGAGCAGAGUCCAAUUGAGAUGAUCGACUUACUUGCCACUGGCACCACUACAACGCCCGAGCAACGAAGGGCAAUCCCGACGUCAAGCUGGGAUUCGCCAAAGAAAUCGCCUAGGUGGAAACAACAUCCCGAGGACGUCGUGCCUACGUACUACGUUGAGCGCAAGCGACAGCUCUCAUCAGUCGAAGAGAGAAUAGAGGCCGAGGGCAAUCUGAUGGCCGAGCUCAACGAGGGUAUCUUGAGCGAGGGCCUCGCCGCUGACAUCAAGCAUCGCGACGAGAAGAUCCCCGUCGAAGUCAGAGAUCCUCUAGAUGGCACCGUGCGGCAUCCGAGUGGCUUCGAGCCUCCCACGCCUGAGACGCAUUUCCAUCCAACUGCUGCAAAGUCGGUGACAGAGGAUCAUCCGAUCGUCUCGACGAUCAAAGUGCCAUGGAUGGAUGCGGUGAGCCCGAAGAAUAGUAGAAGUCUUCACACUAGUGCAGUCAUGCGGGCAACAGCAGUACCGUAUGCCGCAUUUCACCUGAUGUCGCCUGCACUCGCUCAGGCUCCUCAGCCAGUCCAAGCAGCUCGCCAGCAGGAGGACGUCGACGAGGAUGAUCACGACGCAAAUUUGAUGCAAACGGAGGAUAUCGACGACGAGACUCUCCAUGUUCGAAAACAGUAUCUCCCCACGCUUGGUGCACAGCCGUUCUGGCGUCCGCUGCUUACAGCGACUUUUGCCACUCGUCCACUUGCUCUGACCUUUGCACGUCUCUCGCGCGGCCAAACACGAGGCACACCGUACUAUGUGAGCGUGAGCAACGAUGACCGCAAGUAUGCCCCGUCGCUCCAGAGCCGCCUCCGGAAUAUGCGUAUCAACAGAAUGCACGGACUCGCGAUGGAUAUGGGGCGUUUGCUCAAUGGCGAGCGCGGCGGAUUUCUUGGCAUUCGCUUCAGCCCGGAGCAGCGUGGACGGGCUAUCGAUGGCGAAGGCAUGUCAGACCCCAUUCAGAUGGAUAAGCGCAUGAUCCAAGUCGGCGUGGGGGAGUGGUACGCGCGUGUGGAGGAGGUGAAGGAGCAAUUCAGCGAAGGAGCCCGCGAUGCGGAGGUGGCAGAGGCAGUGCGUGUGUUUGGAUUGGAUGAACACGGGCAGCGGACCGAUGACGGUGCAUGGCCCUCGAGGCCGGAACCCUACCCGCGGUACGAAAGUCUGGAAGAAUAUGCCCUGCAACAGUCCCCUCCUGUCAAUCUCUCCGCAAUGGACAAGAAGGCGGCGAAGGCGGCCAAAGAGGAGCUGGUGGCUAAACACAAGUAUGAGAUCGCGCGACUGAUGUCGUUGCCGAGCAAUGGGGUCAUCAGGCCCUACAUAUUUAAGUCGACACAGCCUUGA